CACGAACACUCGCUGGAAGUGGACCGCACGACUUCGACCGUAGCACGAAAUAGGCCUAACGAGUCGAAGCAGGAGCAUCUUGAAUUGGCGACGCAGGUAGGCCCCGCAUCGGCUUGAAGUUCUUUGUAGACAACAUGACGGAGUACAACCCAAGCGAUCCUUGGCCAACUGCUACCUUGGCACAUUUCUUGGAAAUCCGGAAUAAGCGAGGCUUUCAUCAAAUAUACCCGAACGGCCUCUUACGGGGUUAUGACUACGAGAUAGAUACUCCAAGCAUCAUAUACAAUGGGUGGACAGUCCGUGUUUUCAUGUUCAGGUCUCAAAAGAAACCAUUGGUAGCCAUUCACAUGAUAUAUAAUAACAGCUACUACUGCAAGACUGAGAUUCAUGACGGUCAAAACGUUGUUCGCACUUUGCAAGCGGGUUAUGACCCUACCAAUAAUAGGGAAAUGGGCGUAUCAGUAAAGCCAGGAGACGUCUAUUCAAUUGGUAUUCAAUUGAGAAGUUCGAAAUUCCUCAUAAGUGUUGCAAACGAAAUAACUGGCGACUGGAUGAAUAUGAAAAGCAUAACUGCCAAUGAAUUUAAACUCAAAAUUUGGUCAAGAUCAGAUGUUGUACUAUCAUUGCAUAUGAGUGAGGAAGUGCUUGACCAAUAUUCAAGACUGCCAUGGUUCUUCGACUUACCUGACUCUUCACAGCCUCCGGGCUCCUGCAUAAUUGCACUCCUCGAGUGCACAAAUCCAAACGAAGACACAUUAGUGCGCCUUGACAAUGAGGGCACCGGUCGCCAUAACCUGGCGAAUGUCAACUACGGAAAAGUUCCUGGUCUUAUGAAAGGGCAGACGUUUUAUGUGUAUAUCCGGAACUUGCCCGAUCGCUACACUGUGGCUACAAGUUUCGAUCCCGUACCAAGAACGGUAGCCCAUAAAUCAGCGAAGAACAAUAUAUUUUAUUAUAGAUCCGAUAACUGCGAGUACCUACGUAUGACUCAGUACAAUCUAGUGGGUACGGGAAGCUAAUGCUAUCUACUAAACGAAUACAAGUAAACGUUACGCUUAAUUGCAUCUCCGUGCUUCCGGAUUCUCUGCAAUAAACAUCUAUGAAAGACAA